CGACAACUUGAAGCUGCACUUGAUCCAAACACGACGUACACAAUACCACCAACUAUGCCCCUCCUUAUCAAUGGACUAUAUACGUCGAGCUGAUGUUUCUAAUCUAGGCUUUGCCGUAGAUCCAACGUUUCAAUGUUGUUUGACGUGUUCACGACACAGCUUCCCCUGACAAAAUCGAGAAAAGCAAAUCUGAAAUGAUCCUCAAUUAUGGACCCUGGGCCGUAUAUGGCGUCGUGUACAUAACUGGUUGACAGAUUUGACCUAGCCGCCACAUUCCUUCUUUAUUGCAUAUAGCGUGCUUCUGUCCUGGCGCCACCAGCUAUAAAAUAACAUCUUGAACUGGGAGAUCAGCAGGAAUGCUCUCAAACACGAGGAUCGCGAACUCCUCGCGCACUCUUCUGCUAUUGCGGUCCAAUCAUAGCCGCCUUUGGAAAUAAUACCUUUUUGAGGCCUCUCAUGCUAUGCAUUGAUCCCUGCUUAUCACCUCAAGACAAGCUCUGUCAGUGUCUCGACUCUGCCAGUGGCUGGGCCUGCCUGCAAGGGUGCAUAUCUCGACCCACUCUGGAUUGACGCGCUCGACGGCGGCUGUAUGUGUCAGAUAAGCAUCAAGGGGGUCGAAUAAGACACUGCAGACUGCCGCUCAUGAUGCGUGGCCCCUUUGUCACGCAGACUGGUGACAUUCUAUUGCCAUGAGAGCACCCUUCUUCUGUGAUAUGGCAUCCUUAACUUGCAUGACACUUUCACCCGCUAUCGACAUACUAGACUAUUAACUGACAUUCCUUCUACGUUAUUUUGUUCAAGCCAUCGAGCUAUUUAGGCUGGUAUCAGGAGCCUCUACCAGCUCCUUUUGUCCCCUCUACGUCUGCGCAGCUGUGGCUUCGUGAGACCCUAUAUUCUUUCAGCGAUAUGCUGCAUCCAAUCCUCGAUCUCAGCAAUCUUAAUGUCAUACUUGUAGUAUCAAGCUUCUUCGCUUUGUUUGUCGGCUUUAUAUCGCUGAAACUCAAGCAAAGAUGGUAUCUGGGUGAAGCCUUACCUGCGCUAGCUAUAGGUGGUAUAUUUGGGCCCUCUGUCGCGAACCUUUUGAGGGUGCCCCAUCCGGGAAAUGACGAAAGCGAGAACCCGGAAAGUGAAAUUACUUAUGUAUGGGAAUACAUUUUCUCAUAAAACCCCGAGGCUGACAAACACCAGGCAUUGGCGCGGCUUGUGAUUGGUAUUCAACUGGUGAAAGUAGGGUAUGAGUUGCCCAAGAAAUACCUGAAGCGCCGACUCAAGGAAAUGACAAUCUGUUUACUGCCAUUGAUGGCAAUUGCGUGGAUCUCGACGUCCGCAUGUAUUAUGCUUAUGAUACCUCGGAUAUCUUUUCUAUCAUCUGUUAUUAUAGGAUCUUGCGUUACAUGUACCGAUCCGAUUUUAUCUCAAGCAAUCGCCAAGGGUCCUUUUGCUGAUAACUACGUUCGACGAAAUCUCCGGGAAUUCAUAUCCUCCGAGGCAGGGGGUAAUGAUGGCUUCGGAUUUCCAUUUCUAUUGCUCGGCGUAUCACUUCUUCGCUAUGCCGAAACUCCAGCAAACGCUAUUAUUCUGGAAGAGUUCGAUCUUGCCAGAGGUGGUCCAGAUCUCCUGGGUGCAACUGAUGUUGGACGCUUUGGAGGGGGUGUGGGUACUGCACUAAAACAUUGGUUCGUCGAAGGCUUCCUCUACAUGAUUAUACUGGGAACUGCGUACGGGGUCAUUAUUGGAACUGCAUGCCGGAAAGUUCUCAACAUGUCGUCUAAGAGGAAAUGGAUUGACCCUGGAUCCUUCACUCUAGUCCCUGCAGUUCUGGGGAUGUUCAUAGUCGGCUCAUGCGGAUGUUUCGGCUCUGACGAAACACUCGCUUGCUUUACAGCAGGUAGCAUGUUGAACUGGGAUGGUCUGUACAACACAGAGCUUCAACUGCGGCACGACUCAUUCAAUUCGUCACUCGAAACCCUGCUGAACUACGGGAUAUUCCUAUAUCUCGGGGCAGUCAUGCCCUGGAAAGAGUUCCAGAUGCCGGGGACGACUGGCAUAAGUGUUGCUCGCCUUUUAGGGCUGGGGGUGCUAAUACUACUCUUUCGACGCAUUCCGGCAAUCAUGGUUGGUUACCGGUUCAUGCCCCGAAUUUGCGGCAAUUGGAAGGAAGCUUUAUUCAUGGGGUACUUUGGGCCUAUUGGCGCCGGAGCAGUUGCGUAUGUGGAAUACGCCCGACGCUUGUUUCCUGACCGUGGGGAAAGCGACAGAGAAAUCAACAACUUGACUACUGCUAUGAGGCCAGUCGUCUACUGGCUAGUUUUGUUUUCAGUCAUCGUGCAUGGCCUGUCUGUACCCAUACUUUACGUAUUCUACAGAGUCUUGAGAGUUCCCAAAAUCUACGACCACCCUGUGGAAGUACUUAUUCUAUCCGAGAAUGAGCCCCUACCAAACAAUAGCGUGGUUGACCCGCAGCGGCACUCUGUGUUAGUUCACAACCGCUUCUCAGAGCCGAGCGGUCUAAACAUCCAUUCCGACGAGGAGAAAGAACAGGACGAGCAGCGAGAAUCUACAGAGCGAAUACGAUCACGGAGCGAGCGGAGUUCGGUGUCACACAGCUUAGGAAUGCCGCUGUCUCACGAAUCCACUCAGCGCUCGAGCCGGGAAGUGGAUGCGACGGAUAUUGUGUGA